AUGUUAGGUUUGAUCGAAACUAAAAGGCAGAUAGUGACGAGAUUUGAUGUUGCCAGAAUUUGGGGACAAGGUAUUCCAGGUUGGGAAUAUGUAGGGUCUGACGGGGCGUCUGGUGGACUACUGCUAAUGUGGGAUGAGGAGAUGUUCAGAUUAAAUAACUGUUAUAAGGGGGAAAGGUGGUUGUGUGUUGAGGGAGUUAUUUUAAAAAGUAGCUUCAACUGUGCGUUUGUUUUGGUCUAUGGUGCACAUGAUAGAGAUGAGAAGAUUCAGGUAUGGGAGGAGCUGAGUUAUAUAGCGGGGUUAUGUCAGGUUCCGUGCUGUUUUAUGGGAGAUUUCAAUGAAAUAGUACAUAUAGAGGAACGAAGAGGCACCACUGGGCUGACAUGGUCUGCGGAAGAUUUUAAGCUUUGGAUACAGGACAUGAACUUAGUGGACUUGCCGCUCACUGAUCGGAAGUUUACAUGGUUUCGAGGAUGUUCAUGCAGUCGCAUAGAUAGAGUAUUGGUUAGCUUGGAGUGGUUAGAAGAGUACCCAGAGGCACACAUGAGAGGUGGACCAAGGGGUUUGUCAGAUCACUGCCCGCUAAUAGUGGAGGGUAGGAGGCUGAGAGGUGGUCCCAGGCUGUUCCGGAGCCUUGAUUCAUGGUUUACACAUGAGGGAUUUCGCAGAAUGGUGAAGGAGGAAUGGAGAGGAUUGGGAGAACUACAAUUCACAGAUAAAUUGAAGGCGCUGACAGAACCACUGAGAAGAUGGCAUAAGGCAAAUUUUGGUGACAUGGAUAACAAGAUUAUAAAGUUUGAGGAAGAGAUCAAGAGAAUUGAUGAUAUGGUCAGCAAUGGAGUGUAUGAUGGAACAUUAGAGGCUAGAAAAAAGGCAUUGGUUAAGUGCUGUGAGCGAUGGUAUGUGAGGAAAGAAGUACAUUGGAAGCAGAUGUCGCGGUCUAGGCACGUGAAUGAUAUGGACAGAAAUACAAGAUACUUCCACAAUAUAGCUUCAGCUAGAAGGCGGAACAAUAGGAUUGAUAAUCUGGUUAUCAACGGCAGGUUGGUUCGGAAUCAGGCUAGAAUAAAAGUUGCUAUCAGAGAGUUUUAUAAGGACUUAUACCAUCAGGAAGACUCUCCUAUGAUGGGGUUCAGGGAUGGCCUGGUGGUUCGAAUAGGUGAGGAGGAUGCUAGGGCUCUAGAAGUGAUAUCGUCGCCAGAGGAAAUCAGAGAGGCCGUCUAG